AUGAAGGAGGAUGACCUAUACCGGGCAUCUACCCAGUACCGACUGUGGUCCUUCGCCCCAGAAAAGCUGGCGGCUCUUCGCGUAAACACUAAUAGUAUCGCUGCCGAGAGGGUGAUAGGAGCGAUCCAGCGGGCGAGAGCUCAGCGGCUUGGAACCGCGUCCGGAGACGCGAGCGAGAGUGAGCCGCAGAGUCAGAAGCGGGAGUCAAGAGAAGCCAGUACCGCGACUGGCGACCAGGAAACCGAGUGCCUCACGGCGGAUGAGGAGUUGAAGUUGGUGGAAUACUAUAGCACGCAAUGUGUCCCCCUCGCCAAGCCGUUCAAAUUCCCUAUAAACGUUGUCGCCACGGCAAUACAAUUCAUGAAGCGCUUCUACCUGUUCAACUCGCCCAUGACCUAUCACCCGAAGCAGAUCAUGCCGUCCGCCUUGUUCCUCGCCACGAAGACGGAGAACCAUCAUACGGCGCUCAAGGAAUAUUCGACGGUCCUGAAGGGGGCGGGACUCAAGAAGGUUUCGCCGGAUGAGAUUUUGGCGCCGGAAUUCGUCAUUACGCAGGGCCUGCGGUUUACAUUCGAUGUUCGCCAUCCGCACCGAGCGCUCAAGGGGAUAUACAUGGAGGUUUUCUCGAUGAUCAAGGGAGACUACGCACCGAUCGCAUUGGACACGAGAACGGCGAGGGAUAUACAGACGCAGAUACUGCGCCUACCUGCGCAAAACGGGGCGGAGUCCAAGUCUACAACGCAAGAAGGCGAAGAGAGAUUGAAUCAAGCUUACGCAGCAGCCAAGGAGAUCCUAGGAUAUAACGCCAUUCUCACGGACGCCUAUCUUCUAUAUACGCCGUCCCAGAUCUCCUUCGCCUCCCUCCUGAUCGCUGACGAACCAUUGACCUCCUUCCUCCUCUCUUCGAAACUGCCAUCCGGAUCCGACACCAUCAAUGAAUUAAAAGCCAAAGUCCUCUCGACGAUCCGGUCGUGCGCCGAGAUGCUCCGCGCCGGGCCGAGCUCCGCAAACGUGCCGCGCGAGGAACUGAUCCGCAUCGAUAAGAAACUGUACCAGUGCCGGAAUCCGGAGAAGAUGGACCUGGUGGGACUAAACAAAGCGCAGAAACGGGACGGGGCGGUCGAAGGGGUGAUCGAUGAGGCGGUGGCGAAGAAGCGGAAGUUGGAGAGGGAGAGGACGGAGAGGGAGGGGGAGGAUUUGUUCGGACCGUCCUUGGCUAAGCCAUCGUGA